AUGGUGUCUCAAAAGCCCAAAGUUGUUAUAAUAGGGGCAGGAAUUGCUGGUCUUACAGCAGGUAAAAAGCUCUACACAACACAAAACUCAAAUGAACUAUUUGAGCUUUGUGUUGUAGAAGGUGGAAACAGAAUUGGUGGAAGAAUUUUCACUACUGAAUUUUGUGGUGAUAGAGUUGAAAUGGGUGCAACUUGGAUUCAUGGAAUUGAAGGAAAUCCAAUAUACAAAAUUGCUCAAGAAAUCAAUGGAUUUGAAACUGAUGAGCCAUGGGAUAGUAUGGGAGGUAAAGUCGAUAAAAAAGUGACUAUAACAGAAGAUGGACAUGAGGUACAUUCAUCCUUAGUUAACUCGGUAUCAAAUUUUUUCAGUAAUCUAUUGGAGUUUUCAUCAGAUGAAGGGGAUUUUGAUGGUGGGGUUGGUAGAAAGAUUGUUGAAAGCUUGAAUCUUGAAGAAAAUGGUGGUGUUGAUAAGAUAAGUAUGGGUUCUUAUCUUAGAAAAGGGCUCGAGUUUUACUGGGGUUUGAAGAAAGAUCAAGAAAAUGUUGGAAUUUUUGAAAAUUGGAGUAGAAAAGCACUUGAAGAAGGUAUUUUUGCUAUGUUUGAGAAUAUACAUAGGCAUUAUUCAUCAACUGGUGAUUUAGGUACUUUAGAUUUCAAUGGAGAAAGUGAGUUUUGUAAUUUUCCUGGAGAUGAAAUAACAAUAGCCAAAGGGUAUUCAUCUGUUGUUGAAUCUUUGGCUUCUGUUUUACCAUCUGGUUUGAUCCAAUUAGGUCGAAAAGUCUCGAAAAUUGAAUGGCAAUUGGAAAAUAGUGAUGGUAAUAAGCCAGUGAAGUUGCAUUUUAGUGAUGGAUCAGUUAUGUAUGCUGAUCAUGUCAUUGUUACAGUCUCAUUAGGAGUCCUAAAACAAGGAAUUCGCGAGGACUCGAGUCUUUUUAGUCCUCCCCUUCCUAAGUUCAAGACUGAAGCAAUUUCAAGACUUGGUUUUGGUGUUGUUGAUAAGGUGUUCUUGCAACUUAGCCCAACUCAUCAUGAUGGGAUAAAUUUCCCUAACAUGAUGAUGGUUUUUCAUCAGCCAGGCUCAAAACUGAAGAACCCGAAAAUCCCCUUGUGGAUAAGGAGGACUACACUUACACAUCCAGUUUAUCCAGAGUCCAGAGUUGUGGUAUCCUGGUUUGCAGGUGAAGAAGCUAUGAAGGUUGAAACUCUUGAUGAUGAGGAGAUCAUCGAGGGGGUCUCGACAACAAUGUCACAGUUUAUAGCAAACACAAAGCAUUUCAAGAAUUCCAUCAAGUUUAGUAAAGUUUUGAAGUGCAAAUGGGGUACUGAUCCAUUGUUUUUGGGAUCAUAUACUCAUAUAGCUGUUGGAUCAAGUGGAGAUGAUUUGGAUGCUAUGGCGGAACCAUUGCCUGAAGAGAUUAGUGAUGAUAAAAAUUCGAAGAAGAGUCCUCGACUUCAAGUUUUAUUUGCAGGUGAAGCAACGAGUAGAAAUUACUAUUCAACAACUCAUGGUGCUUAUCUUACUGGUCUUAGAGAAGCUAAUAGGCUUCUUGAGCAUUUUCAAUGUGUUGAUGUCUGA